UUGACGAAACGAGAAGAUCAAAAAAAUACUGAGAGAUUAGUGAUACAAAUCUUGAGAAUGGGUGAUAGCAAAAUCCUGAAACACUACAUCAGAAAACGAACCAGAAGAUCAACCGAAGAAGACAGAUUGAGUUCACUUCCCGACGCCAUUCUCACCGACAUUCUCUCUCUCCUCCCAAUCAAUUCCGCCGCCACCACCUCCGUCUUAUCCCACCGUUGGCGCCACCUCUGGACCACCGUCACCCGCCUCCAAUUCACCACCGUCGCCCACAUCUUCCGGCAACUGACUCAUCGGAAUCAUCUCCGCAUCAUUAAUCUCGACUUUUCAAAGUUAUCCUACUACCUUAACUUUGAUUUAUUGAAUUCGUACUUUCGUCAAUUUUCCCGCCAAAAUGUGGAGGAAAUCAGUAUCGAGUAUACAAUUUCAGAAGGGUAUUAUCGUGUACCUUCUUGUUUGUUCAAUUCCCAAUUUCUGGUAGUUUUGAGAUUAGAGGGUAUGUUUAAGCUGGAAAAACCCCUUAAUAAUCUAGGGUUUCAACUUCCUAAUUUGAAGAAGCUUGUAUUGUGUUACAUUGUUCAUAUUCCUUUUUGGUUUGAAACUCUAUUUACGUCUUGUCCAUUGUUAGAAUAUUUAUGUUUGCAUGUCGAAUUAUUGGAACCCAAGAAUGCGCCUUCUCUAAAUGCGCCUUCUCUGAGAAUAUCUGCUCCCAAUUUGAAGUCAUUCUAUAUACAUAUAUUGGGGUUUUCGAGUAUGAUGCAACGUGCCAAAAUAUAUUUUGAUGCACCCAAAUUGGAAAAUCUUAGUAUAAGUGAUUGCACUUCAUUUUACUACUUUAUCCGAUAUCCAACUACAUUAGUCAAUGCAGAGAUCGACUUGAGUAAAUGGAUAGAUGAUGAUGAAGCUGAUGAGGUUGACGAUGAAGAUUAUCUUCAGCAUAUGUGCAAAUUUGUUGGCAAAAUGUUUAGUGUUAGCCAUCUUAAGCUAAUGGCAGACAGGGAUACUAAUAUCUUGCCUUACCUUGAUUAUGGGGGUGAUGCGUAUCUACCAAUCUUUCGUAAUCUAAUUCAUCUUGAAACAGGCUUUACUGAUGUUGGAAUGAGUGGUUGGACUGAUUUGCUAUAUUACUUGCAAUGCUUUCCCAACUUAGAGCAUCUUAAGGUGGAUAUGACCGUUGAUCCCCCCUAUGCACAGAGUAUGUGGUGUGAUGUACAUUCUAUUCCAAAUUGUUUGGUGAGUAAGCUCAAGACUAUAGAGAUAGGAAGACUUAAGGGGACUAGCAAUGAACUCGAAUUAUUGGCAUACAUUUUGAGUAAUGCAAAUGUUUUGGAAAAGCUUCGGUUACAUGUUCAUAUCGAGGAAAAAUUUGAUCUCAAGGAUGUACUACAAAAGGCAUAUGAAGUGUGGAAAGAAUGUCAGUUUUAUAAGGCAGUGUUUGAGCUUCCAAGGAGCUCUUCGACUUGCGAAGUUGUGGUGUCAGGUAGAUCUGUAUCAGCAUCAGGUAAUGCCUUACAAAAUGGAUACCUAACCAGUCAAAUUUACAUGGGUCCAUCAACUUGAUAUAUGCAACUAAGUGUUUUCCAAAAUGACAACAUAUAAGCAUAUGGGAGAACUGCUAAAGGUAUUGACUACUGAUCAGUUUGUCUUAAUUUUGUAGUUUGGUAACUUUUUUUUUGAGAACUUGUAGUUUGGUAACUUUGAUUCACCUAAA